AUGAAGAAAAACUACGGUUUCCUAGAUGAUGAUGAAAAGCUAAAUGAAAAUAGUGAAAGCAUAAGAUACAGAGAAUACAAGAAAAACAUUAGGAAUAUACAAAUAAAUUUUGAACAGAUCUUAAGUGAAUUUAAAGAAAGCCUAAAUUAUUAUGAAAAUGAUAGCCCAAAACAAAAAGAUCAUUAUAUUCAUGAAUUUUUAUUAAAUAAUAAAAAAAAAAUAGAAGGGUUAGAAAAUUUACAUAAAAAUGGAAUACAAAAUUUAGAUAUCAUGAAAAAUUAUUUUAGUCACAAUAGUACAUAUGCUAUAGAAAUUGCUAGAUAUUUAAGUAUUUUUGAUAAAUUUAAAAUACAACUUCAAAAUGUCAAGAACACCUAUGAUAAAAUAUGCUUACAUAAUAGUAAUAGUAAUAAAAAUAGUAAUAAUAAUAUAUAUAAAAAAAAAGAAUUUUCUUCAAGGUUCACAAAUAAUAAUGAUAUUGAUCAAGUAUUUAAAGAAAGAUAUGCUUUAGAAUAUUCCAUAAGUGAGCUAGGUAAUAUAAUAUCCGUUGGACAAGAAACAAAUGUGAAAUUAAAAAUGCAAAAUUAUAAUGUUAUGCAUCAAUUGAAGAAAAUAAAUUUUAUAAAUAAUUAUUUACCCCAAAUUCAAAGAAUACUGAAAAAUAUUAAGAACUACAAUAUGAAGAAGACGAUUAUUCUAUCCGUAAUAAUAGCCCUCUGUAUAUUUGUUUUUUUUAUGAUUAGGUAG